AUGAAGGGGCUUCGAUUUGGGCAGCUCAGAUCGUUUCACACGGCGCUUCGACCGCUCGAGGCCAACAAAAAGUCGGAGGGCUCGCGACUCUUGCCCGUCAAGAUGCUCUCACACCCUCUGGGAGUGUUUCAGAAGCCCGAAUCAGGCGAUCCCCAUUACUUUGUGGAUGAAAGAACCUGGAAGGAGUGGGGCCGAGACGUCCGAGACAAGGAGAAGCAUAUGAAGAAGCGAAAGGAGCUGAUGGAGGAGUUUGGAGAGUCGCGAUUCCGGGACAUGAAGGAAUUGAGACAGCACAAUGGUAAACAGUGGUUGUCUCCAGCAGCAUUUUUCCGGGCUGAAAAGUCUCGAUACAUGCCAAACUUUCUGGGACGAACUCUGGCCAGCCCCCAGAUUGUUUCAACUACAGAUACCCUGGAGGGCAACGUGUCGAUUGUGCGGAUGUUCACUUCUGUGUUUGGAGAGGAGCAUGCUCGAUCUUAUGUUACCAACGCUGACCGGUAUCUCGACAAGUUUGAUCUGGUUCAGAACCGAGACUUCCAGAUUGUCAACUUCAACAUUCCCGAGAACAAAAUCAAGUCAUGGAUGCUGAGCUGGUACGUGGGAUCCAUGGCCAAGAAGUGUCCUCCUGAUGAGCGAAAGCGAUACUUCAUCAUUGAGCAUCUCGGCAAGCUGAUGCGGGGUAUCAAGAAUGCCAUUGGCCAUACUAACGUCUACACUGGCUACGUCUAUGUUGUGGAUCAGAAGUGUCGAAUUCGAUGGGCUGCUUCUGGUCUGGCUACCGAGACUGAUCGAGAGACUCUGUGGAAGACUGUGCGAGCUCUUUCAAAGAAUGGGCCCGACGGCUUGAAGCCGAAGGUUGAAGAGGACGAUGACGAUAUCGAGUAA